AUGUCUCCUAGGACACGCAUGGUGAGAGGGUUGCUAGCGAUUCUACGUUCUUGUACUAGAAACAGAGCUAUGUGUUCAACGGCAGGGCUGUUAAGUGUUCUCUUGAGAUCACUGGAGGAGAUACUUUCAAAAGACAGUGACAAGAAGUGGAACGCAUCAUCUUUGUUUCAAUGUGUACAGCACUUAGCUGGACACUCACUUAGCGUUGAAGAUUUGCAUAGAUGGCUUCAGAUUCUCAAAACAUCUCUUUCAAGUCCAUUGAUGAGUGCUUUGGAGAAGGCAGUGAGUGGUAAAGAAUCAAGAGGACCUUCAUGUAGCUUUGAGUUCGUUGGUGAAAGCUCAGGACUACUUGGUCCAGGAGAAACUCGUUGGCCUUUCACUAACGGCUAUGCAUUUGCUACUUGGAUCUACAUUGAAUCAUUUGCUGACACUUUAAACGCUUCAACCGCUGCAGCCGCCAUUGCUGCUGCUUCUGCGGCUAAGUCAGGAAACACAUCUGCUGCUAAUGUACAUACUGGUGAAGGUACUGGUCACAUGCCACGUCUCUUCAGCUUCUUGACUCCUGAAAAUAACCAAGGGAUAGAGGUUUAUUUCUACGCACAGUUUUUAGUAGUUGAGAGUAGUAAUGGUAAAGGAA